AUGCCCCGGUCACGACCUACCCCUUUUGCCGGCCGGAACGCUCGAGAUUUUCCGGCGACAUCGACUGGUUUCUCCGAUUGUUCACUGCGUCGCUACGGUCGAUUCCGGCCGCCAUCUCCGGCAACCAAGCAAAAGGUUAUCGCUUUGGACACCUACCCAUUAUCGGCGCGUGUGGCAGCGCAUGGGCACUAUAGAAAAAGGGCAUUGUGCGUUAUCCUGGUUCUAUAG